AUGUUGAGCCGAGCACUGGCAUUUCGGACCACGUUCCGUGGUAUUUACGGAAUGGGAGCGAAUCUCCAGGUUUUUUCUCGAACCAAAUCCACAACAACAAAGAAACAGCGGAGGUACACGAAAACGGGGGAUGUUCACACCAUCAAAGUGAUUGACGAGAUUUCGUUAGACGAAUUUCUGCACCCAACGAAGAAGUCGAUGGGAAGCAUAAUGAAGCAAAAGUAUAUGAAUUGGAACUCCGAGUUUAAUAUCAAACGCAAGAUGAAAGGAUACAAGCCUGAAGAAGUCAAUGCCGAAAUCCCUAAACUGUUCGAGCAGCUUCAUCAGUUUUUUGCCCACGAUCAAAUUUCCUAUGCGUCCAAAGUGAUUAUUCCGCCAUUAAUGAAGGAACUCAAAGAGAUUCGUCCCGCCUCCUAUACCUCCAGACAGCUCGAGCCCUUCCACAAGGAUCUGGUCUGCGUGGGUUAUUCACUUUCUUAUUUGGACGCGGUUCCACAGCUUCUGCAGACGCGUGUGCUCCAAGGAAAGGAUGUGAUGUACGCGCAACUCACUGUCGGAGUGAAGGCUGUGGAGGACAUUUACGGCUGGACAUCGCGAGGCAAGCGAGUACCAUUGCUCCAAGAGUUCCCAAAAGUAGUGGUUUCGUGUUAG